AGUGUGGAGCGGCUCUCUUUUCACGUGCAGCCCACUAAGGCUCCGAAUCAUGACCGAAUAGUUCGUUGUCGGGAGUGCGGAGCCGGGAUCGACGCUGGGAGAUUAAGAAAAAAAACAAAAAAAAAACUUGGCACCGCACCAGAAGCUGAAGCCCCGCGUCCGUCCCGCCUGGCUCUUCUCUCCUUCCCCCUGACCUGGCCGCACCUGAGCGGGGCCGGUGGGUGGGGACAGCCGCAGGUGUGCGUCCAUGCCGGAGUGCCUCUUAGUGCUAUGAGCGGGAAAGUGGCGGAGAAGCUCCCUCUGACCAUGAGCAGUCUAAUUAACGACAGUCUGUACCCAGAAGAGGACGUUCCCGCCUCCAUGAACAUCUUCACCAGCACGGAGCCCAUCAACCACUACUCGCAGAUGAACACGGACAACAUCAUGGAGAUCGGCAUGGGCGGCGAGAAAUCCGGCACAGAGAUCCAGUACGGCUCCAGCUUCCAGUCAAACCGCAGCGGGCAGACGGUCACCUACCUGGGCAAGUUUGCCUUCGACGCGCCGCCAACGGGCGGCAUCGGUGGCUCCGGCUGGUGUCCCGACAACAACAUCAUCAGCCUGGUCAGCGCGGGGAUCCUGGGCGUCUCUCCGUCCCCCGGCACGGUGGGCGCCCAGGCGCCGUCGGCGGCGGCCGGCAUGGGCGGGCAGAACUCCGACAUGGAGCAGGUUUACGGCGCACCCCUGCCCGCCUACUCCACCUGCAGUGACCUCUACCAGGACCAGGUGUCCUUCCACCACAGUCCUGCCACCAGUUCGGCGCUGGCCUACCCCGGCAAUGACUACCACUCUACGUCCAAAGCCCCCAUGGACGGCAGUCUUUUCUCCAUGAUCCCCGACUAUAACCUCUUCCACCACCAAGGGGAGGUCAGCGUGAUGGAGCACAAGCCCUUUCAGACUAUGGACCCCAUCCGAGUCAACCCUCCGCCCAUCACCCCUCUGGAGACCAUCCGAGCAUUCAAAGACAAGCAGCAGAUCCACCCGGGUUUCAUGGGCGGGCAGCAGCACCCUCCCACUCACCACCCGCCGCCCCAGACUCUGACGCUCAAACCCAUCCGACCCCGGAAGUACCCCAACCGCCCCAGCAAAACCCCCGUCCACGAACGUCCGCACGCCUGCCCGGCGGAGAACUGUGACCGGCGCUUCUCACGCUCGGACGAGCUGACGCGGCACCUGCGCAUCCACACGGGCCACAAGCCCUUCCAGUGCCGGAUAUGCAUGCGCUCCUUCAGCCGCAGCGACCACCUGACCACGCACAUCCGCACGCACACCGGCGAGAAGCCCUUCUCCUGCGAGUUCUGCGGCCGCAAGUUCGCCCGCAGCGACGAGCGAAAGAGACACGCCAAGGUCCACCUCAAGCAGAAGGACAAGAAGCCCUCGGACAAAGGCGUGAUCGGGAGCCACAGCUCGCCCAGCAACUCGUGUGGGGGCCCCACCAUGGGACCCUCGUGACCCCCACUACCUGCACUUAGACCGGCCCCUGAGACUCAGCACGACGGGGCCGCGUCCAUGGAAAGACAUCAGUUCCUCCCUUUCCUUUCAGUCCCAGGAAUGAAGAGAGAAUCUUAGUACAUUCCGGCUAAAAAGGCCCCCGGUUGUCUCAGCUGGCUUUGCAGAGGUUCCACUUUUGUACAUUUCUUACCUGAGAGGAAGCCAUAAUCUCUGAGGGGUGAGUGACUUGUCUGGGAUACUUUCAAAGUGCAAUUGUUGUGUUUGUCAUGGACACCUUACAGUGGCGCUUGUCUUUCAUUUCCCUUUCUUUUUGCAAAGUGUGGUGUUUUUUAUUAUGAUUUUUCUACUUGAAUGUUGUUUCCUCCAAUGAAUGUGCCAAAUGUAUUUUGUGGUCACUCAGCCAACCUUGUUCUUAUUAUGGUGCCUGAUAUAUUUGGCCAAACACAGCAGCGAUAUCAGCGUCCACUUUGGGGUUACUGAAAAGAAAGGUCACAUUCCAAACUUAUCUCCCUUUUAAGAUGCAGGAUUUGUGCGCAGUCUGGCUAUAUGUAAAUAACUGACUGACAUGGUUUUAUGUCAUCAAUUGGCGUUUUUGAAGCAGUAUUUGAUGACACCAAAAAACAACAAAUAAGUGGCGCUAGCUUGCAAAGCAGCAGUGCUUCCCAGUUUCGGCCCACUCUGUCAUAAAGGUGUUUGCUAUGAGAUUCCGAAAGAUGGGCAUUUAACAGCAGGGAUUGGACACGCUCCUUGCUUUUGUGCCACAUAUGUGGCCACAGUACCAGUUGUGUGCUCAAACAGUUGUUUGUGCAAGUAAGUCUGCACGCUGUGCAAAACAUCUGCAUUAAUGAAAAUAGCCACAUAGGGCUGUUGAACAAGUGCAAACUUCUCCUUCACCUUGCAGACAUGAAAUGAUUGCCAACAUGUUUUCACAUCAUGUGGUUUUACAUUGAAAGGACGUAAAAAGACCUGUCUUCAUUUGGCUUCUUUUCGUCCCAUUCGCAGAAUAUUCUUCCUCAGAUUGUCGAACAUAGUUUUUUUCCCCCCCAAAUCCAAACAGAAUUUACCGAUACACUCAGGAUAAAUGACUACUUGAGUUACAGAAAGCCACGAGACAUCAAGCUAAUGAUACUCAUCUUUCAGCAAAAUUGAUGCGAGGGUAUUUCAUUAUUCCUAAUGUGCAUUUUGGGACUAAUAACCGUGCUCGUGUGGCAAGGCGGUGCUCAUUUUAUUAUAAUCCUUAUUUCUGGAACUUUAUCGCUGAUACAAUUAUUGAUAUUCAACAGAAACAGUUUAUGGCAGUCGUUUUUUUUUUUUUUUUGGUGUGGUGGUUCUUCAAAGAGCUUGUUAAAUGUAUUUGUCUGGAAGAAAGGCAGUUGUGGAGAAAAGAAAAUGUGGAUUUAGCUUCAGAGGACGUGUUCUCCACCUCUCUCGGAAGGAGUACUUUUCGCUGCCAUGCUUGGCUUCCUGGCAAGUGUCCACUUACUUUCCAAUUAUUUUGGCCUGACGGGGUCCUUUCUCAGCUCAUCUCCAUGGAUAAAUGAACAGUUCAGAAUUCCACAUGAAAUAUGACUAAAUGGGUGGUCCAAGUACCCUCCCAACAUGAUGUAGCAGCUAUUCCCAUGCAGUAAAGCACAAAGCAAUAUAGUUUACAAUGUGAUUAGCUAUAGCAACUAUUUAUGUUCAAUGUAAUAUUGAUGUGAAAACAAUGUGACAUUAUCCAGUGAUUAUGACUUCAUGCUUUUUGAAUAUAUUUGCCCAAAAGGAGAAGAUGGAUGUGUUUAAUUACACGGUGAACGCGGUGUUGAUGUUGCAUCGUGUCCAAAGAAUGCAACACAUCGUUUUUUUGUUUUUUUUGUUUUUUCCUCCAUGACUAAAUGAAGUAUAAUUACAACCUGGCAAAUUCAAUGUCAUUGGUCACAUCCUUGCUUGUCACUUUGUUUCAUGACAUUUUGUUGUUGUUGCUGUUGUAAUGAACAGAUGGAUUUACACUGUCCUCCUUCCCACCCCCUCGCCGUGUACUUUGGUGGCAGAAACAAUACCAGCGGCAGGAAAAUUAAUCCUCCUGAUGUGUGAAUCCUACAGAUUAAUUAAACAAUCCCUCCUCGAAGAACAAUAUUAUUUUGUAUUUUUUCAUUUCACCCUUCCACAAAAGGAUAGGGUGAUGGUUUCUGACAGAAACGGGAAUAUGCCUCAUCUUCCUUCUCGGCUCCACAUUGGCCGGCGUCCAACGUCAGCAGCCAUCUUUGUGCCAACUGGGUUGCAGGGUUGGCUGAUCAAAAACAAUAUGUGGUGAAGACACAGGAGCAACAAAUCAAAAAAAAUAAAAUAGUGACCUCAGUCUGCUUGCGAGUGGUAGGCAGCCUUUUGCUAUUGUUUGUGUUUUUAAUUGUUGGAUUUGGUCUCUGUGAAGGCGGCCUCUGGGCAAUGGGCUUGUGUAAGAUAGUUCUGGACUUCCAGGGUGGCUUCAGGGAUCAUGUGUUCAUCUACAGCAACACUACGCACUGUUUUUCCCCCCUUCCCUGUGUUGUUUCCUUUUCAUUGCAGUAUAUCCUCAUGUUUGCAUGUGCACGGAAAUGUUCCAAAGUGCCACUCGCCCAUUGCUGCGGGUGGUGCUCAUUUCUUUAUUAUGCAUGAAAAUACAACGGGUAGGAAAAAUGGGAUAAGAACCAUUCCAGACGGACAAUUUGAGACGCACACUAAGAUACUGUUCUGUUGGUUUGUUGUUUUGUUUUUUUCUCCAGAAAACAUGUUGUGGACGUCUUUUUGGCCUAUUUCCAUGUUUAUAUUACCUUACAAUAAGGUCCUUUUAUGAUGAGUUGAAUAUUGAAAUGAAUUUUAAUCUAUCCUUGUGAUGGGGACAUGUUUACUCCCCGGUUUACUCGGCACUUCAGUUUGUUGUCAUGCAAAUGUUUUGUCAUUUCUAUGUAAGUACUUGAAUAAAGAAAGAUACCACUUA